GGUUUCCUGAUUCAUCCACUCGCUGCAGUAAUAUGGGAAAUGAAAGGGAGCGAAGGGAAACGGGAUUCAGAAUCUUAUGAAUUCUAGAACAUGGAAGUCAAGACUCGGAAGCAACAUUAUCAGGUGAUAGCUGCCUUGCAACUCCCGAACAAGUACCGGCGCUUGUUCCGUAUAGAGUUUGACGUUUUAGUACUGGUUGCAUUAUGGUACACUUGGGCUUCUUUGAUCGCUCUUAUCCUGUCUCCUCUCGACCACUAUGUCUGGUACUGGCAUAGACGAAAAAUCUCCCACUGACCCGACUGCGGUAGCAGCCCAAGAUUCUGCUGCUGCCGAGCCACAAACCGCUGCAGUCGUCGAAGAGCAGGAUCCAUCGAAAAAAGAGAGCUGGCGUCAGCAAGAGAUCCACACAAUUCCAAAAAAUAACAUGGCCAUCGUUUUCACUGGUCUUAUGCUUUCUUUGUUUCUUGCCGCGAUGGAUCAAACGAUUGUUUCUACCGCUUUGCCAACUAUUGUGAGGCAGUUAGGUGGUGGGGAUGCUUAUUCAUGGGCCGGAACAGCCUAUCUUCUCACUGGGGCGUGUCUUACGCCAUUAUGGGGGAAACUAUCGGACAUUGUUGGCCGCAAACCUCUUCUAUUCUUUGUCAUCGCUGUUUUCUUAGUGGGAUCUGCGCUUUGCGGAGCAAGUCAAAGUUUUAUCAUGUUCCUCAUUAGCAGAGGCGUUCAGGGGGUCGGCGGUGGUGGUAUAAUCCAGCUCAUGCUCAUCACAAUUGGCGAUAUUGUUGUGCUGGAAGAAAGGGCCAAGUAUGCUGGAAUGAUGGGGGCCGUCUGGGGAAUCGCCUCCGUCAUCGGGCCUCUGAUUGGUGGCGCAUUCACUGAUAAAGUCUCAUGGAGAUGGGCAUUCUGGAUAAAUCUUCCGACUGGUGGAAUUGCUGCUGGUCUCUUGUAUUUUCUCAAACUCAACCCUACUCCACCGAAAUCAGUCAGGGUAUACAUAUCCCAAUUCGACUUCCUUGGUUUGGGUUUGUUCAUGGCAGGUGUCAUAUGCCUACUUGUUGGCUUUCAGCUGGGCGAAACGAGUUGGUCACGGACAACCAUUGCACUUGUGGUCGUCGCAUGCGUUUUGCUUGUAGCUGGAUGCAUCAAUGAAAUUUACACAAAGCGAAUUCCAAUCAUUCCUCCUCGGUUGUUCAAAACCCGGACUACUGCUGGCCUACUCAUCUCUGUUUUCAUUCAUGGUUUUGCUUACUAUAUGGCAGUUUAUUUCAUCCCUGUCUAUUUUCAAGUUCUUGGUAGCUCAGCCAUAAUGUCUGGCAUUGAAAUGCUUCCUUAUUCUUUUGGGAGCUCUAUGCUUUCCAUCAUAUCAGGACGAGUGGUCACAACUACCGGGAAAACGAGGCCGACUAUAUGGUUUGGCUUUGUUGUGAUGACGUUAGGUUACGGCUUGAUGAUACAACUCAGCGAUACCUCCAAUCGGGCCGAAAAGGAGUUGUAUCUACUUGUUGCCGCAAUCGGAGUGGGCAGCCUAUUCCAACCUCCGAUGAUUGCUCUUCAAGCCGCCAUGCCCGUAGCUGAUAUGGCAAGUUCAACAGCCGCUUUCGGACUUAUUAGAACAAUAAGUGGAUCUGUCGGACUCAGCGUUGGCAAUGUCAUAUUUGCUACCGACUUGAAGAAGCGCCUUCGUCCCGUCUCCGGAUACGACGUUUCAAACAAGACCGUCAGUGAGCUAACCAAUGAUAUAAGAAAUCUCGUGGAUAUUCAACCGCCCAGCCUGCGUCAAGAAGUGAUUCAUGCGUAUACGAAGAGCUUAGCUACACUAUGGUAAAAAUUUCAUGCUUUACGGCAAGGGCGUUAAUGCAUCACCUUACAUAGGAUCGUUUGCACGCCAAUGCUUUUCGUUGGCCUUGUUGCUGUCCUCUGUAUACGAUCUUAUUCGCUGAAGCGUAAGAUUGUACGUGCUUCCGACGAUCAAGAAUCACAAGCGCAAAACUCACCACAAAAUCAACCGUCUACCUCGAGCUCUGAUGAGAAGAAUUCCGAAGCGGUGUGAUAUUUUCACAGCAUGAGGGUUGACUUCAAC